AUGGAGCCCCACGCCUGCGCCGGGGUGGCCGCAGCCGCCGUGCCUGCGCCCGCUGCCCGCUGCCCGCUACAGGGUGGCCAGAGUCGCCACGCCCACACCGCCGGCCGCUCCGGUGUUGCAUGGGCAGCUGGGGCCCCCGCCCGCGCCGGGAUGGCCGGGAUCGGAGCGGCCAGGGUCGCCGGGGCCGAUGGAGCCCCCACUGGCGUCGGGAUGGCCGGGAACGCCGCGCCCACGGCGCCCGUACCCCGCCCGCGCUGGGGCCACUGGCCCCGCCCGCGCCGGGUGGCGGAGGCCGUUGCGGGGGCGGCGGAGGGCAGCGGGAGCCGGCAGGUUCGCGAGGAUUCGCGACUGUUCGAGUUGACAGCUUAA